AUGGGGGGCAAGUCUGCUACCAAGGCCGCUUACUUCGAGAAGCUCAAGGCCCUUCUCGAUGAGUACAAGACGGUCUUCAUUGUCGGUGUCGACAAUGUCAGCUCUCAGCAGAUGCACGAGAUUCGUCUGAGUCUCCGUGGCGAGGGUGUCGUCCUGAUGGGUAAGAACACCAUGGUUCGCCGUGCCAUCAAGGGCUUCGUCAACGACAACCCCGAGUACGAGCGUCUGCUCCCCUUCGUUAAGGGUAACGUUGGUUUCAUCUUCACCAACGGUGACCUCAAGUCCACCAAGGAGAAGAUCCUGGCCAACCGUGUCGCUGCUCCCGCUCGUGCCGGUGCCAUCGCCCCUGGCGAUGUCUGGAUUCCCGCCGGUAACACCGGUAUGGAACCCGGUAAGACCUCUUUCUUCCAGGCUCUCGGUGUCCCCACCAAGAUUGCUCGUGGUACCAUUGAAAUUACCACCGACCUCAAGCUUGUUGAGGCUGGAAACAAGGUCGGUCCCUCUGAGGCCACCCUGUUGAACAUGCUCAACAUCUCUCCCUUCACCUAUGGUAUGACCAUCCAGCAGGUCUACGACCAGGGUCAGUGCUUCAGCUCUGCUGUCCUGGACAUUGAGGAGUCUCAGCUCCUCGAGGCCUUCUCCAGCGCCAUUAACACCAUCACCACCAUCUCCCUGGCUGUUAACUACCCCACUCUCCCCGCUGUCAUGCACUCCCUGGUCAACAGCUACAAGAAGGUUCUUGCCGUUGCUGUUGAGACCGACUACAGCUGGCCCGAGAUUGAGGAGCUCAAGGACCGUAUUGCCAACCCUGACGCUUACGCCUCUGCUGCUCCUGCCGCUGCCGCUGCCCCUGCUGCCGGUGGUGCUCCCGCCGCUGAGGCUCCCAAGGAGGAAGAGGAGGAGUCCGAUGAGGACAUGGGCUUCGGCCUCUUCGACUAA